CAAAAUACCAACCAGCGUACAGCAGCCAGAGCACACAGCUGUAAUAGCGGCUCUCGGCUUGGAUUCCCCGAAAAGUAGUAAAUGCAAUCACAGUUCUCCCAAGCCGUUUUCUUUCUCCUCCUCCUUCGCCUCCCCGUAAUUCCGCUACUACCACACCGUUGGUUGCUAAGCUCCCCAUUUCUUUUCUCCGCACCACCAAUGGGGAGAUGCUUUACUUCACAAUUGUAACACCGCAGCAGGCAACAGCACGCCGCGUUACACGUUUCCACUAGCGCCACCCUCCAGAAUCUCCAUUGCCAGCUGCCGCCGCGUAUAAGUUCCUUUCUUGCUUGGCCGCUUCUGCGACUGCGCUCGCUUCUCCUCCAUCUCCCUCCCAGUCUCACUCCCUUCCAGAUCCACUCCUCCCCGUGCUCACAAGUCACACCUCCCCUGCGACGAGAGAGAGAGCGGGGAGAGGCCAGCGCAGGGAGAGGGGGAGGCAAAGAACCAUGGCUCCUUGCGUUCUCGCCCUGGCUCUUGCGUUCUUGGUCGGGACAGUGCGUGGCUCCGAGCCGUGGUGGAACGAGACGCAGGCGUACGGCACCAACGCCAACUCCGGCGGCAGCAACGGCGUCUUCGUCGGGCUGACACUCAUCCAGUCGGCGGCGGCCAAGGGAGCCGUGUGCUUGGAUGGAAGCUUACCGGGUUACCACCUGCACCGAGGGUUUGGAUCAGGAGCAAACAGUUGGCUUGUCAAUCUGGAGGGUGGAGGCUGGUGCAAUGAUGUUAAAAGCUGUGUGUUCCGCAAGAGCAGUCGUCGUGGGUCAUCAAAUCACAUGGAGAGGCAACUCCAGUUCACAGGGAUAAUGAGUAAUAGACCUGAAGAAAAUCCUGAUUUCUACAACUGGAAUAGAGUGAAGGUUCGGUACUGUGAUGGCGCAUCCUUCACUGGUGAAGGUUCUGAUGCGGCUGCAGGCCUUUAUUUUCGAGGUCAGCGCAUUUGGCAGGCUGCAAUGGAUGAUCUGAUGGCCCAAGGAAUGCGCUAUGCUAAUCAGGCCCUUCUUUCUGGAUGCUCUGCUGGUGGUGUUUCUACCAUACUUCACUGUGAUGAGUUCCGUGGAUUGUUUCCAUCGAAUACCAGAGUCAAAUGCCUUGCUGAUGCUGGAAUGUUUCUUGACACCGUUGAUGUUUCUGGUCGUCGGGAAAUGAGAUCCUUCUUCAAUGGCAUUGUGAGAUUGCAGGGUUCUGGAAGAAGCCUGCCUAGGUCUUGCACCUCCCGUAUGGACAAAACCUCGUGCUUUUUCCCGCAGAACGUUGUUCCGAACAUUCAGACCCCAACUUUCAUUUUGAACACUGCCUAUGAUGUGUGGCAGCUUCAACAAAGUGUGGCCCCCAAAACAGCUGAUCCCCAAGGUCUAUGGCAAGGAUGUAGGAUGAACCAUGCCUCUUGUAAUGGCAAUCAGCUUCAGUUCUUACAAGGUUUCAGGAACCAAAUGCUUGACGCUGUGAAGGGUUUCUCUGCGUCAGGGCAAAAUGGUGUAUUCAUCAACUCAUGUUUUGCUCAUUGUCAGAGCGAGAGACAGGAUACAUGGUACGCAAACAACUCGCCGCGUCUCGGUAACAAGAGAAUUGCUGAAGCUGUCGGGGAUUGGUUCUUCCAGAGGGGGGACGCGAAGUACACAGACUGUGCAUACCCUUGCGAUGGCACUUGCCAUCAUCUCGUGUUCAGGGGAGACCACUAAGAUUGUUCUUUGACACCAACAAUUGGGGAUGGUAAAAGGAACCCCAUUGGGUACAGAAUCAAAACAAGGUAUAGAUAUAGAAAGGGUGCAAGUGACUGGCUUGCCCUUGUUCAUCGCUUUCUAUGAUCAUAUUAUUGACAGGGCAGGGCCUCGCACGCGAAUGCGUCAACGCGAGGAGGUCUCUGCAUUAGUUUCACAUAUCAUGAUAUCGAUUCUUUUCAUUGAACAUACCCUUGAUCAUGUUCCUGAACAUUUUGACCAUGUAUGUGAACUGUAUAACCUUACACAUUCAUGUAUGAAACGUGAUAAUAUGAAUUAGUGUUCACAGGAA